AUGCCUGAUCGUGCACUCAUUCAUUUAACAAGAGCAUUCAAACUUCGAGUAAUAUUAUUCUCUUCAGAACAUCCUGCUGGUGAAUCGCUUUAUUACAUUGGUAAAGCACGUGCAGUCAACAAAAGUUUUAAGGAAGCUCUAAAAUGUUUGGCAGAUGCUCUUUUCAUAUUUGAAACAAAAUUGUCACCGGAAUGUCGUCAAGCAGAAGAUACACUAGCAGAAAUUAGAACUGUAGAGGAAGCAAUGUUGUCUCACCCAUAG